CAAGCUUUCAGUGAUGCUAUUUUUGGGUGCACUGAUAACAACUUUUAUGAGCCAACUUUCAUAUAAAUACACACGGCUCUAGUCUGUUUGAACAGUUAUUCACAAGCUGGUCAGACCUCUGUUACCACCUACAAAUGAGCUACAACGAGCAGAAGAGGGUCUGGAGUGGUCCUCCACAGAGUCAGGUGUCCGUUUACAAGGACGACACCUCCUUGGGGGCAUUGAUAUUCAGCACCAUGCGUAAUUGGCCCAAGAAAGUCUGCCAAAUAUCUGAUAGCGACGGCGUCAGAGUCACAGCUGAACAGGCGCUCACCUGGGCAAUCCGGAUGGCACAGUUCCUCCGGACUCGGGGCCUUACUCAUAAAGAUGUUAUUGGCAUAGUCGGCGAAAACACCACCUACUUGAUGCCCCUGGCCGUGGCCUGCCUUAUGAAUGGAACACCGUUUCACACCCCACAUCCCAUGCUGGAUGAAGACACCCUUAGGCAUGUGUUAUCGAUAACCAAGCCUGGCCUCAUAUUUUGCGAUGGAAAUGUAUACCAGAAGGUCUAUUCAGCCACCUCUGGGUGGCAGCCAGACUUCUUUAUCCUGACAGAUCACCUCGAAGGAGUGCCGAGCAUCAAGACGCUCUUGGAACCUACUUCCACCGAGGACUCAUACCAGCCGGAACCGCUAAGGGAGGGAGGAGGUCAGACGGUGGCCAUAUUGUGCUCCUCGGGAACCACUGGCCUGCCCAAGGCGGUCUGUAUUUCGAACAACAGCCUGUUGCCGAUGUCCUUGUUCACCAGCGACACGAUCUUGUUCACUCUGACCGCUCUGGACUGGCAAUCUGGACUAGUGGCCUUCAUCGUAAGCACUGUGGUGGGCGGCACGCGUAUCAUCACAAACAAACCCUUCACCCCGGAGUACGUUGCGCAGCUUGUGGAUAAACACGGGGUGAACUUCAUCUACCUAGCGCCUCGUCACAUGUCGGCGGUGUUCAAUUCCCCCGAUGUCACUCCAGAAGCCUUCGCCUCCCUGAGAAAGGUUAGCUAUGGCGGCGGUCAGCUCUCCGGGAGCACGGUGCAAAGGUGCCAAGAUAUCUGCCAUAAUGCGAUCCUGCUCUCAAUGUAUGGGCUUACUGAGACGGGCACCGUGGCGACUUGCGUGGGUCUGCAACCAGGUAAUCCCGGGGGAAGGCUACUUCCGGGAGUGGCGGUGCGCAUCGUGAACAAAGAAGGCAGAAAUCUGAAGCAGAACCAGGUGGGUGAGAUACAGGUGCACACAGGACGAGUGUGGAAAGGGUACUUUGGGAAUCACGAGGCGACUGAGAGCAUGCAGGACACAGAGGGCUGGUUCCACACCGGCGACCUGGGAUACGUCGACGAGCAGAACCUGCUCUACAUUGUCGACCGCUGCAAGGAAAUACUCAAGUAUCAAGCCGUCCACUUCUGGCCUAGUGAGAUCGAGAACGUAAUCCUGGAGCUUAACGAGGUGCAGGAGGUGUGUGUGAUCGGCAUUCCCAAUGAACUGACGGACGACGAUGCUGGUGCCCUGGUGGUCAGAAGAAAGGGUGCAAUUAUAAGUGCCCAAGAGAUCGUGGACCAUGUGGCCCAGCGGUUGCCUGGAGUGCACAAGCAGCUCCAUGCCGGAGUCCAGUUCACCAAUGAACUGCCAUCGAAUCUGAAUGGAAAGACUGUGCGCAGAGCGUCGCGCGACCAGUUUAUUGCCAAGAAAUACUCUAAUACUUCGAUAAGAACACGUUAAGAAUCCCAGUAGAUAGCCCCAACCAUACAUGCAAUUACCAUUAGGAAUAAAUAAAGUGAAACAACAAUUAA